AUGCAUUAUUUUGAAGAGGAAUUAACUUGUUCUAUUUGCUACAGUAUAUUUGAUGAUCCUCGUGUACUGCCAUGUUCACAUACAUUUUGUAGAAAUUGUUUGGAAAGUAUUCUUCAGAUAUCAAGCAAUUUUUCCAUAUGGCGACCUCUAAGGCUUCCUCUGAAGUGUCCCAACUGUAGAAGUAUUGUUGAAAUUCCUCCAUCUGGUACUGAAUCUUUGCCUGUAAACUUUGCAUUAAAGGCUAUUAUUGAAAAGUAUCAACAAGAGGAUCAUCCUGAAGUUGCUACCUGCAAUGAACAUUAUAGACAGCCAUUAAAUAUUUACUGUCUGCUAGACAGAAAGCUUGUGUGUGGCCAUUGUCUUACAAUAGGAAAACAUCAUGGCCAUCCUAUAGAUGAUCUACAAAGUGCCUAUAUGAAAGAAAAAGAAACUCCUGGAAGACUCCUUGAGCAGUUGACAGACAAACAUUGGAGUGAAGUUUGUUUGCUUAUUCAGAAUCUUGAAGAACAGAAAGCUCAAUGUGGGAAUGUUGUUCAGGAGGAUAAAAAAACAGUUUUGCAAUAUUUUAAGAGACUCGGAGAUUCCCUUGAUCAGAAAAAACAAGCUUUACUUGCAGCUCUGGAUGAUGUAAAUAUGCAGAUUGAGACAGAAUAUGAACCUCUCAUAGAAAGGUUGAAAGGAAUACGAGAAGAACAACUUGAACUAAUGUCACUGAAUACAUCAUUUCAGGAGGAAGAGUCUCCUCUUCAUUUUCUUGAGAAAGUUGAGGAAAUACGUCAGCGUGUUAAAACUUUGAGGGAAAAACCAUUACCAAUGAUUAAGCCAGUUGAAAUCCACCCUCGAAUAGGACAGGUAUUAAAAGAUGUGUGGAGCAAAAGUGAACUUAAUCAGAUUAACAAAAUUCUCAUUCCCAAAAUAAAGCUAAUUUCAAAGCAAAAAGUGUAUACCCAGGAUUGUGACAAUGAGACUAGACCAGCUAAAAAAUCCUUCUGGUCCUUAAGUCCUUUGGCAAUUAUAUUAAUUUCUUUUAUUUUUCUUACUGUUGCUUUUAGCCAACAUAUAUUAACAUUCAUAAAUGAAAUAGUUUUUCCAUAUAUUUUUGAUACCUUGCAGAUAAUUUAUCAAGAUUUAAGUAAAAGAUUGCACAUAGCAGUGGAAAACACUAUGAUACACCCCUGAUUUAAUUGAAUAAUAUUUUUGCUUUUGAUAGCAACUUUUUGCCCUGUUAAGAAAAAUAUCUGAAUUCUAAUGGAUUUAAUUUUAGCUUGAUGUUAGAUUAAGGUUUAAUUGAUAUCAAUGUCUUUUGUCAGGCGUGUCAGAGGAUAAAAUUACCUAGCACUGCAAAUAGGCGAGUAACAGGCUGUACUAUUUGGAUAAAUAUUCAAUUCUGUUCUCAAUAUGCAUGCAGGGGUAAUCUCUGGCCAACAGAAGAUCAUGUAAAAAAUGUGUGAGAAUCAAGGUUUGUUUUGUUUUUUUGCAGUUUUGCAAGUUAAUGAAUCCUAGGUAACAUAAUCAACCAUAAGAACACUUCCACCAACAGUGAUAGGGCAAGACAUUUGUAUAUAAACAGAGAGCAAACCCCAUUCACUUCUAGCAACAAUGGUGUUACUACCAUAGUUGUGUAAUGAAAUGUCUGCAAAACAAGUUUAGAUGGCACCAGGGACCUUACAGUUCAACUCUAAGCUACAAAUAUUCUCUUUGGAGAUCAAAGUAGAGUUUGACUUGACUUGGUUUACUCCGGUCAUAUCCUUGUUGUCUUCACAUGCAUAGUUUUAUACACUA